AUAGUAAUUAAAUUAUUGUCAAUAUGACAAUAAGAUUUAAUUCACAUCGGAAAGUACAAUCUAAAAGGAUUUUAAUAAAACAAUCUUUUAAUAAAACAUAUAGGUUACUUUGAAUAUUUAAUAUAAAUAAUAGUUUAUAUCAUUUAUUUUUUAAAAACAUGUUAAGAUUUAAUCAAUAUAAUAGAAAAUUAGUUAAAAAUAUAAUCUGUGUUCCAUAUUGGGAAUUUAUGCUAAUGAAAAGAUUUAAACAUCAACAUAAUAUGAAGAAAUGGUAUCAAACUCUAGAAGUUGCAGAAGAUUGUGAAGAUGAGACAUUAAGAUUAGCAUUUGUCUAUCAAGCAAAAAGAUUCCAUCCAGAUAGUGGUACAUCAGAAGCUAAUGCAACUAAAUUUUCUGAGAUUGAAAGUGCUUAUAGACAAAUUCGUAAAGCAAGAAUAGAAAAAAAAGAAAAUUGUACAAAUCUACCUGAAGUUGAAGAAUUUGACAUUAAACAUACAGCACCACAACAUCGUCAUUAUUUAGUUUAUAAUGUAGGUAUUGGAACACAUAGCAAAAGACAAAAAUUAUAUACAAUGGAAAGAGCUCAAAAAGCAGUUGAUAGUGUAUUGGAACAUAGAUUAAAAAAAUUGCAAGCUGAAGAACGUAAUACAUUAGUUGGAAUGGAUAAACAACAUGCAAAAAAUAUUAAAACACGUUUUGGUAUGGAUCGUUUAGUAGAAGAUUUAAUUCAAGAAGCAAUGAAUAGAGGUGAAUUUAAAGAUUUACCAGGAAUGGGUAAACCAUUGAAAGAAAAUACAAAUACUCGAAAUCCAUAUGUUGAUUUUGUUACUUACAAAUUAAAUGAGAUAUUAAUAGAAAAUGGAUUUACUCCGGAAUGGAUACAAUUAUCUAAAGAAAUUAGAGAAGAAAUACAAGAUUUACGAAAAAAAUUAAUAAAUGCUCGUAGUAAAGUUGGACAAAUUCCAUUAAAUUAUAAAGAUGAAAAAACUUGGAAGAAUAUUGUAGAAAAUUUUAAAUCUAAAACAAAAGAAAUAAAUAUUAAAAUCGACAAAUACAAUUUAUUGGUACCUAUACUUCAGAAACAAAUGCUUCAUGUUAAAUUAGAAGAUCUUGCAAAAGAAGCACUUUCAACACCAGCACAAGAAACAUUAAAAGAAAAAGUAAAUUCUGAUAUCUCUGUCGAAAGAAAGAAUAAUUUAUUAACAGAAAUGAUAUCUUCAAUUUUUAAUAAAUAAUUUUAUAGAAUAUAU